AUGCGUUCGCCUUCCGCCUCCCGUAGACGUAUCUCAACGAGCCUGCGCUCGGCCUCUGCUGUGAAGCAGCUGUCACAGCCUCGCCCUGCCAACUCGCGUCAGCGUCCUUCAACCCGCAGGCUAAAUGCGAAUGUAUGCGCGCGUCUGGUGACGGAGAGGGACGGAAACAAGGAGUACAUCAAUUUGGCGAUGAAUAGCAACAAGCCGGUGCUCAUAGGACGAAAUCCCCGCCUCUGCAACUACCUUCUGUCCGACUUUCAUGUCUCCGGCAUCCAUUGCAAGCUAUAUGCUGUGAAAUCUCCAACAGGAGGAGUCAUCGUAUCCUGCCAGGACAUGUCAAGGAACGGCAUAAAGGUCAAUGGGGACCACUUCAAGCACACAUCGGUCAUCCUUAUGCACGGUGACGAGCUCAAUAUUCCGGGGUCGCAGACUUUCCAGUGCCUUCACGUCUGGAAAGAGCCUCAAGAGAAGACCAACCUGUUUGACCCUACUCCUCCGCCGCAGCGCGGCCCCGGGCAGAUCAAGCACAAAAACAUGGGCCAGUACAUCGUUACCUCGAAGUGCCUGGGAAGCGGCGCCUUCGCGACCGUGCACCUUGCCAUCGAUCCUAGCAAUCAUCGCCAGGUCGCCUGCAAGACUAUAUGCGCGCGAAGAAAGAAGGACAAGCGACAGGUGCUAUUGGAGGUCGAGAUGCUCAAGCGCGUGCGCCAUCCUAACAUCAACGAAGUCUACGACUGCGUCGAGUCGGACAAGCACUUCGUAAACAUCUUCCUCCAGCUUUGUACAGGCGGAGACCUCUUCACGUACAUCACCGAGCAUUCCGCGCGAGGGCGCCUCAUAUGCGAAGCCGAGACGAAGUACAUCAUGUACCAGAUCUUCCAGGCGGUCAAGUACCUUCAUGACUCGUUCAUCUCACACCGCGACCUCAAGCCCGAAAACAUAUUUCUGCAUACACCAGGCGCCUAUCCUCGUAUCAUGAUUGGCGACUUCGGUUUGGCGCGCCCGAAUGCAGAUCAAGCGACGUUCAACGUCGUGGGCACCGUUUCGUACUUGCCACCGGAGGGCGUUCUUGCUCUCGACCGCAAGGUAGAUAAGUCAUCUUUCUUUGCGAAUUCGAGCUCACGUCGCUUGCAGGAUCUCACAUAUGUCGGCCUCCCGUCCGAUUGCUGGAGCGCUGGAGUCAUCAUGUAUAUCAUGCUCACUGGCUGUCACCCCUUCGACAACGAACGCAACGACGCUUCCGAACGCUGGAUCGACCACAUCCAAGAGUCGCAUGAGGUCGAGAACUCGCAGCAACCCUCCCAACAAUAUCUCCGCGGCGAAGCACGUCUCAAGGCGAAGAUCGCUCGCGGUAUGGUCGAAUUCUCGCACGACUGGAUUGAUUUUCCUGCUGCGCACGAGCUCGUUUCGGACCUGCUCAUCAUGGACCCUGCUCAGCGCGCCACUGUCGACGAAGCCCUGACUAGCACCUGGAUCACCUCUCAGGCCGACAUCCUCGAUCAGAUGUACCGCGAACGCGUACUUUCAGACGAAGACGCCCUCAAAAAGAUAUCUGCUCCUGUCGCGCCUCCUCCUGCUCAGGUUCGCUCCUCGUCUGCCUGACGGUCCUCUGCGCCAUUGUUGGUCGCUGAACAAGCCUUCCUUCCUCGGCGCUCUU